AAGCUUUUGCAAAGUUGUGAUCACAAACAGUCCACGCGUUUUACACGGUAACGAAAGUGAAACGCUAGCUCUUCCACCCAGCAGGAUCUCGACAACGUUUUCUCGAAGAAAUUUUUUUUAACUCAGAGCCUGUACGGUGACAGGUUAAUUUCCGUAUCUGAUAGCAUCAUGAGCGAGUUGUCAGUGAGUUAUUCACGUGAAACCCGUUUGAAAUGUCGGCAUGGUUUCUACCUUAAAGUGACAGAGAGCAGAGUCGAGGGAACACGAGAUAGUGAAGAUCGUUAUGCUACUCUCACCAUGGAAUCCGUUAAAACAGCUGAGGUGAUGCUUAGAGGAAACGCAUCAGGAAAUUACAUCGCGAUGAACGCCAAGGGAGAGAUGUACAGUACAAAUAGUCCAACCCGCCCGGAAUGCGUCUUCAAAGAGAUUUUUGAGACGAAGUACAAUUCUUACCAAUCAACGUUGAAUCCUGCCUGGUACUUAGCUCUGACAAAACAAGGCGAGGCGAAGUCUGGGCCUAAAACUAAACCCGGACAGAGGGCUGUUGGCUUUAUAGCUGAAUAACCAAUGGGACUGAAUACAAAGAAAGUUUAUAAGUACUUUGUAAUUCAUGUAAAACCAAUAAAAAGAUGUUUAUGAAAUGGA